GAGCUCCGCCCUCCGAGUAGCGGAGGUGCUUGGGCGAGAGAGAGAGAGGGGGGCGGGAGACGCUCUGUCCCACGCUCGCCCUGUGCUCGGUGGUUUAAAGAUGGCGGCGGCGGCUGGGGCGCGGAGCCGCCGCAGGGGGAGGGAGAAGGAGAGUCUGUGAGACGCUGGGAGGCAGCGCGGCGGCGGCUGUAAGGAGUCCGCGUGCGGAGCCGCCGGCGACUCGGGCCUGGGGGCGGCCUGGGCUUGGGCUGGAGAGGCCGGAGCGGUGCCAGGAGCUCCGAGGCCGGAGCGGAGGAGGAAUGUGAGCAGGGGUCGGCGGGGGCGCGGGAGUACGCGAGCGGCGGGAUGGGGCAGCAGGUGGGCCGCGUCGGGGAGGCUCCCGGGCUCCAGCAGCCGCAGCCGCGCGGGAUCCGGGGCAGCAGCGCAGCCAGGCCCUCGGGCCGCAGGCGGGACCCGGCGGGGCGUACCGCAGACACCGGCUUCAACGUCUUCACCCAGCACGAUCACUUUGCCAGCUGUGUGGAGGAUGGAUUUGAGGGAGACAAGACUGGAGGCAGUAGUCCAGAAGUUUUGCACCGUCCCUACGGCUGUGACGCUGAAUCUCAGGCACUGAAUGAAGCUAUCAGGUGGAGCUCCAAGGAGAACUUGCUGGGAGCCACUGAGAGUGACCCUAAUCUCUUUGUCGCACUUUAUGACUUUGUGGCAAGUGGUGAUAACACACUCAGUAUCACUAAAGGUGAAAAACUACGAGUCCUUGGUUACAACCAGAAUGGCGAGUGGAGUGAAGUUCGCUCCAAGAAUGGACAGGGUUGGGUGCCAAGCAACUACAUCACUCCCGUGAACAGCCUGGAGAAACAUUCCUGGUACCAUGGACCCGUGUCCCGCAGCGCAGCCGAGUAUCUUCUCAGCAGCCUUAUCAAUGGCAGCUUCCUGGUUCGGGAGAGUGAGAGCAGCCCUGGGCAGCUGUCCAUCUCACUGAGGUAUGAGGGACGUGUGUAUCACUACAGGAUCAAUACCACCACAGACAGCAAGGUGUACGUGACUGCCGAGAGCCGCUUCAGCACCUUGGCAGAGCUUGUUCACCACCACUCGACGGUCGCCGAUGGCCUAGUGACCACACUCCACUACCCAGCACCCAAGUGUAACAAGCCGACCGUCUACGGUGUGUCCCCCAUCCAUGACAAAUGGGAAAUGGAACGAACAGAUAUUACUAUGAAGCACAAACUCGGGGGCGGUCAGUAUGGAGAGGUUUAUGUUGGCGUCUGGAAGAAAUACAGCCUUACAGUUGCAGUGAAAACACUGAAGAUUCAGAGUUCACAAGCAUUCAAUAUGGCAUCAAAAAAUCGUCAUGAAAUAUUAAGAGACAUUAAGCAAAGGUCCACGGAAAAACUGAAUGAAAACUUAUUGUCCACUUGUUCUUGGUCAGGUGUGUGUACCCUGGAGCCGCCCUUCUACAUUGUGACGGAAUACAUGCCCUAUGGGAACCUGCUUGACUAUCUCCGGGAGUGCAACCGCGAGGAGGUGACGGCCGUUGUUCUGCUCUACAUGGCCACUCAGAUCUCUUCCGCCAUGGAGUACCUGGAGAAGAAGAAUUUCAUCCAUAGAGAUCUUGCUGCACGGAACUGCCUAGUAGGAGAAAACCACGUGGUAAAAGUGGCUGACUUUGGUUUAAGUAGACUGAUGACUGGCGAUACCUACACUGCUCACGCUGGAGCCAAAUUUCCUAUUAAAUGGACAGCGCCUGAGAGUCUGGCUUACAAUACCUUUUCAAUUAAAUCUGACGUCUGGGCUUUUGGAGUACUGUUGUGGGAAAUUGCUACGUAUGGGAUGUCGCCAUAUCCGGGUAUUGACCUAUCUCAAGUCUAUGACCUGCUGGAAAAAGGAUAUCGAAUGGAACAGCCUGAGGGAUGCCCCCCUAAAGUGUAUGAACUUAUGAGAGCAUGCUGGAAGUGGAGCCCUGCUGACAGGCCAUCUUUUGCUGAAACCCAUCAAGCUUUUGAAACAAUGUUUCAUGACUCCAGCAUCUCGGAAGAGGUGGCUGAGGAGCUUGGGAGAGCUGCCUCCUCGUCAUCUGUGGUUCCAUACCUGCCUCGAUUACCUCUACUUCCUUCCAAGACUCGGACCCUGAAGAAGCAGGGGGAAAACAAAGAGAAUGUAGAUGGGGGUCUUGAUGCCUCCGAGAUCCUGGCAUCCAGCUCAGCACCAGGGUUCAUUAGAAGUGCACAAGCCUCCAGUGGGUCCCCAGCUCUGCCUCGAAAGCAAAGAGAUAAGUCACCUAGCAGCCUCUUAGAAGAUGCCAAAGAGACAUGCUUCACCAGGGAUAGGAAGGGAGGCUUCUUCAGCUCCUUCAUGAAAAAGAGAAAUGCCCCCACACCCCCUAAGCGCAGCAGCUCCUUUCGUGAAAUGGAGAACCAGCCCCACAAGAAAUAUGAACUCACGGGGCUUCCAGAGCAGGAUAGGAUGGCAAUGACCCUUCCCAGGAACUGCCAGAGGUCCAAACUCCAGCUGGAAAGGACAGUGUCCACCUCUUCUCAGCCAGAAGAGAAUGUGGACAGGGCUAAUGACAUGCUUCCAAAAAAAUCUGAGGAAGGUGCUGCUCCAGCCAGGGAGAGACCAAAAGCCAAACUAUUGCCCAGAGGAGCCACAGCUCUUCCCCUGAGAGCCCCUGAUCCAGCCAUCCCAGAGAGUGACUCUCCAGGGGGAGGGGUGGCUGGAGUGGCAGCUGCCCCCAAAGGCAAGGAAAGGAAUGGUGGGGCGCGACUUGGAGUCGCUGGAGUCCCAGAGGAUGGAGAGCAGCCAGGCUGGUCCUCUCCAGCCAAGGCCAUAGCUGUCCUCCCAACUACCCACAACCACAAAGUGCCAGUCCUUAUCUCACCCACUCUGAAACACACUCCAGCUGAUGUGCAGCUCAUUGGCACAGACUCUCAGGGGAAUAAAUUCAAGCUCUUAUCUGAGCAUCAGGUCACAUCCUCUGGAGACAAGGACCGACCCCGACGGGUAAAACCAAAGUGUGCCCCACCCCCACCACCAGUGAUGAGACUACUGCAGCAUCCAUCCACCUGCUCAGACCCCGAGGAAGAGCCGACUGCCCCGCCUGCAGGACAGCCCACUCCAGAAACCCAAGAGGGAGGAAAAAAGGCAGCUCCAGGGCCAGUGCCCAGUAGUGGGAAACCUGGGAGGCCAGUGAUGCCUCCACCUCAAGUGCCUUUGCCCACAUCUUCCAUCUCGCCAGCCAAAAUGGCCAAUGGCACAGCAGGUACUAAGGUGGCCCUGAGAAAAACCAAACAGGCAGCUGAGAAAAUCUCAGCUGACAAAAUCAGCAAAGAGGCCCUGCUGGAGUGUGCCGACCUACUGUCCAGUGCAAUCACGGAACCUGUGCCCAAUAGCCAACUGGUAGACACUGGGCACCAGCUGCUUGACUACUGCUCAGGGUACGUGGACUGCAUCCCUCAGACUCGAAACAAAUUUGCCUUCCGAGAGGCUGUGAGCAAACUGGAACUUAGCCUACAGGAGCUGCAGGUGUCGUCUACAGCUGCUGGUGUGCCUGGGACAAACCCUGUCCUUAAUAACUUAUUGUCGUGUGUACAGGAAAUUAGUGAUGUGGUGCAGAGGUAGCCAUUGUCAGCCUAGUGGGAAAUGCACACAUAUCUGAGGGGAGAGGGAAAGGGACUCGUUUUCCUGUGUUCUUGUUUUUAAAAAGUGAAAGACUAAUACUUGAGUGUGUUUAUGUGAAGUACCUCAGAUCCCUGAAUUCUCACGUUUACAGGUUCAUCUCAAAAUAGCAAAAAAGGAAAUCACAUAAGUAGAUAAGUCCAUCUGGUGGAGCCGGGCGGCGUGGACAGAGUGGGAACUGCACUGGGAAGUAAGGGAGCAUCAUGUAUAUGUCCUCAAGUGCAGCCCUUCCCUGGCUGGACUAGCCUGUGGUGUCCUUUGGGCUGUCUCAGUUGUUCUGUCGAUGAAACGGGCCUUGACCUGGCAGGUCCUGGGGGUGAUUGUGCUUCAGUUCACCACUCAAAUUCGAGGAGCAGGAAGAAGCAGAGUGAGGGAUAUAGCAGGUGUCUUACUCAAGGCUGUUGGAAGCGGCUGUUGGCCUUGCUUCCAUGGGUCAUUGCUGCUGUAGCAAGAACUGCAAAUUUGAUUGCUAGAAUACUAAGCUGGGAAACGUGGCCCUUUCCAUCUGCUUUUGUCCUGUUUACCAUGGGUGCAUUAGUCGGUGCAGGAAGUACAGAAUUCGAGGGACAUUUAGUCAGACUGACACCUCUAAAACUCUUAGGGUAAUUAGCAGUCACCCCUCCCACUCUUCUAGUAUGUUACUUUCUAAUGGACCAGUAUCCACUUGCUGCUUCUUGGUGGCUCUCUGUAAACCAUGGGCAUAGGGGGGCUUCUUAAUGGUUCUUCUCUGUCCCUUACUGGGCAGGCUGUCUUCCUUUAUUUCUGGCAGCAUUCAGGGCAUUACCCAGCGUCAAUGUUGAAAAUAGUGGUCACUACAGCUUCUCAUAGGGGAGACCCUCUGCCCCUGAAUACUGACCGGAUGGCCACUUGAGCAGCUAUGUAUACUCCUUUUUUCAUUAAAUACCAAGGAGAUGCAGUACCUUUUUGGAACUGGCUGGGCCCAGAGGCCUGAGACUGAGAAGAGAAGCUUGCUUGACCCACAGGGCUACUUGCACCUUCCCCUUCCCUUGAUCCCCACACUAAUCUGGGUGGACAGUGGUCUGAGAAGGCGUUUCACUAAGGGCUUGCCUCCACAGUAUUCUCACCUCCUUUUCCUCUGCUCACGGAACACGCCACCCUCUUGUCGAACUUGGAGUCUGUGCUGGGAAUAUAUAUGUGUUGGGUUAUUUAUUUUGGUCUUUCACCUCUAUUUUAAGAGUGCAUUAUAGAAGGAGUGGGUUAUUUUCAGGGAGCACCAAUUAGACUAAAAAACCUAAUAAGGCUUUAACCUGCAAAUAGGUUUUGCCUUUGAAAAAUAGGCAUUUCCCUUCCCUACCUACAGUUAUGAAAGCUAAUAGGGUGACAUGGAAUAGAAACUUAAUAGGAUACAAAUUGUUGAUGUUUUUGGUACUGGGUCUAAUUUUAGUUUGUUGUUUUUUUUUUGUUGUUGUUGUUGUUUUUUAACUUUAUGAACACCCCUUUUAUUCCCCGAAGAGAAUCUAAUACAAAACAUCUUGAUUUUUUUUCUUCUUCCAAAAGAGUAUUAUUUAGGAAGAUGGGCAUUCAGCACUGAGCCAUGUUUUCUUCCUGACUGUCAUCGAUCCACUGUCAAGUAGCCACCCCAUCUUUUGAUCUAUUAAUUGAAGGCAAUAGCCCUCAUUCUCAAGAGUGUUUUGCAGACUAAUAUGCAGCUCCCUUUGAGAGCCUCUCUGGAGAGCUCUUUACUUAGUGUUGCUACAUUGGGUCGCUUCUCAUUCUCUCUGCUGAAUCACAACUAGGAAACUUUAGAACUGCUGUGCUUACAGUAAUGGGGCCAGAAUCCUAAGGGGAAGCUAGUUCAGCUUGCAUUUGGCAUCCUUGACCAAGGAAGAGGUUUAGUUUUCAUUAGAAAGAAAGGCAAUUUGGAUACUUAGCACUGCUGCUCAAAGAAGGCUCAGGGUAAGAGGAGGUUUGGAGUGGAGGAGAAGGCUCCUCCUGCAGGUGUGAGUGUUCCCAGCUGCCAUCUGGGUCUGCACAGCAGGGAUCAGGUCAAAGGCCUCACAGUAGCUGGAAGCGAAUUUCCCUUCUCCUCCUCCUCCUCCUCCUCCACCACCACUCCCCACCAUCCUGUGCUCCCUUAAACUUGAAUCUCUUUAGCAGUUAGCCUUGUACAGGUAGGGAGGAGAAAGCUAAAAUUGGAGGCCAUUAUUAAUGCUACUUUUAAAGUCUACCCUGCCAUAAUGGGAUGUCAUAAGAGAUGAUUGUUGUUUUCAGGUUUGGGUCUUGUUUUGUUUUGUUUGUUGGUUGGUUGUUUGAUUUUCCCUUCAAAGUUCGAAAACAGACUUGGAGAAACACUACUGAGUAUCUCAGCUCCCUUCUCUCAGUCUGAGGGACUGAGUCAAGGCCAAGUCUCACGGAGAGUAGCACAGAUCUGUCCUGCUUCAAGUGGGUCAUCACUAAAUCCCUGAGUUGAACUGACCUUUUCCUCAACACUGUCACGAGUAGCGUUAACUACUGUAGCACACUCCACAUGAUGCAUGGGCGGUAUAGCUUUUAGGGAUUGGGCCCCAUUCACAGAGACACUGUCAACUUGCUAUGAAAGCAUUGUUUAGGGUUUUUUUUUUUUUUUUUUUUUUUAAUCUACCUGCAAGGGACCAGCUUAAAAUUAAAAAACAAAACAAAAAAUCAGUAAAUUAAAAGGUUUGAAUCUAAAGCAGAGAAAACUGCUUUUAGAAACUAAAAACUAUAACUUAACUUUAUGUAGCCUGGAAAGAAAGCAGAUGGCAUUUCCUGGAGUCAUGUGAUGCAUGGCUUGCCACAGCUUCGUCAUGUUCCUAUACAAGUCGUGUGCUUUCAGUUGCAUUUCCCACCUUCAAGUGUGCGUUCUGUAUUGAGUAUAUCCUCAUUAUGCUUUACAGGAAGCUUUUGGUUUUUAAGCUUUGGCUACAAUUAUAUUUUACAGUUUCAGAUGAUUCCCAUCAUGACGUUCAGAGAGAGAGCUAGAGACGUUAAAAUGGGCCCUUCUUAAAAGCUGUGUUUUGUAGUGAAUUGAACUGAAUUGAACAUGGUGCACCAAGCUGUGAUCUGUCAUGAGAAACACUGAUUGGGUCAUUUUCUGGAUGGCCUCUGUAUAAGGUCAUCAUAGUGGAGACUAGUUUCCAGCAGCAUUUUCAGGUUUCAGUUAGAAGUGUUCCCACCCUUAGUUGACGAUUGGCUGGUAAAAACCGUUUCUUGUUACAAUGAAGACAGGGGGGUUUUGAGUUCAGAGGAUACAGCAAUGUCAGUAGUGUGAGGUGAUGUUUAUAGACUAGGUAGCUCAGGUGCCUGGUGCACACUGAGCACUCCAUGAAUGUUAACUGCUAGUGUUUACUCCUAACCCGGGAGCACACAGUAGUCCUCUCGAGGUUUUUAAAGGGAAACUGAUACAUUAGUCCCGCUCUCUAUUGGAAUUCUCAGUGCGGUGAGAGAGUAGCCAGUGUGUUUCCCAAGAACUUCUCCGAGUUUCAAACACUCAGCACUGUCUGAACAGAGCACUAUUUGUGCCCUUUUCGGUAGAGAAGAAGGAACUAGAGAGGAUGCUGUCACUAGUCCGUUAUCUUGAGCAGUCAGUGGCAGAGCUGAGGCUGGAAUUCAGGAGUCCUGACAUUGUGGCGUUUCUCCACCACACCUGCGGCAGCCUCGUGAGAUGCCAAGGCCAUAGACAAUCAGUAUACAUGGUGCUGCACACUUCUAAAGCACAGGCUGUAGUGGGCCCUGGCUAGCAAGGGCUUGGAUGUCAGUAACAGUGCAGCCAAAGAAGCCUUUCCUGGAACUCGGUUAUGAAGCAAGCAUAGCGCUAGCCUUCUAGACUUGAGCCACGCAGAAACCUGCACUUGGUAGUUUAAAAUACCAAUUUGAGUUGCUUCAAAAAAAAGAAGAAGAAAACCAGUCCCUACAUUCCUUUUUUGUUCAAAAAGAAAUUUGUUGUGUCAUUUUAAUGACUGUGGGAUAGUGGGAAAGAACCUGGAGAAAUAAAUGCAAUCCAAUUACAAAGCUGGAUUAUGACUACUGUAGAGAAUCCCCUCUGUGGUUUGCUACAGAGUUACAUAUGAAACUGAUAAAUGAAUCUGUAGAGAUACUGCACAUGUUUGCCAAUAGUGCAGAGCUGAGGAACUUGGGAAAACUGGGGACCGGCUUUGUGGUUUCCUUCUCUUUAAGAGGUAGUAAAGUGGUGGCAUGUAAUCCUCGCAGAGAAGAAGCUGAGCCAAGAGCAUCUCACGUUCCUGACGAACCUGGGCUACAGAACGAGACUCGAAGGAGGGUGGGUUAGUCCCUUUGGAGCCCAACAGCUUGUCCGGGCCCUUGAUUGGAAAGUGAAGGCCCUCUUUCUUCUGAUCAGUCAUCUAGUACAUGCUCAACUAGUGUCCUUGCUGUGGUCAGAGCAGACUCAUUUCCUGUUCGUGUUGACAGUAUCUUUUUAAAAAUAAUGCCCUGGGGGCUUGUGGGUAGAGAACUGAUGUACUUGGAGAAUUUCUAGAAUUUCUCUACCAGUUAUAAAUGACAUUGACAUUUAUCAUCUCUCUUUUUUUUUUUUUUUAAAUAAGCUGGGCUUAACUCACCUAUUAGAUAAUCAUAUACUCAAGUAAAUCAUGUGGAGGCAGGCAGCUUACAUGCAGCUGCACUCUAUAUUCUGACCUCCCUGUAUUUUUUUAGUAAAUCAUGUGGAGGUGACUACAUCCAGCUGCACUCUAUGCUGACCUUCCCAUGUUUGUCUGUCUUUGCUAGUGAGAUCAUUGUCAUCAUAGGCUGUGUCUGCAGGGGAGUCGAUACUGGGUUGACAGAGUCAUCUUUAUUUCUGUUCUUAAUGAUCUGUUUCGUCAUCUUGCAUGCAUUAACUUGCUUCUCCUGGAUCUGGGACCCAUCUUUAUGCCCUCAGCAUCUGCCAUGGCCAGUACUUUUUAUAUUUCCUAUCAGCUGCCUUAGCUUCGUCAAGUUGGUAGCCCAGUUCUUUGAAAAAAUGCCUGUUUAGGUUUUGUGAGGCAUGCAGGAGCCUAGAGCAAGGCAGUUACUUCCCAGGGAACCUGUGCACAGACUGGUGGAGGCAGCCCCAAGGUUCCCGUGGCUUCCAUGCUGCGAGCAUUGCCUUCCGAGUAGAGAAGCAAGGCCUUGGGAUGCUUCUAAAACUGGGCCCACUCCUGCUGAGUUCCAGUUUUCCAGCUUAGGGGUCAGAAGUGCUUGCGUUCCUGUCACCUGCACUAGUCAGCACAGCACAGCGGCCCAACUUCACUGCUGUUGCCUGUGGUCCCACUACCGAGGCAGCUGGCUCAGUUCACCCUGCUCAAAAGCAUUGGCAGCUGAUUCUUGGCUCCAGCUUGUCUUUGUAAGGCUGCUGCUUUCCAUGCCGUGUGUGUGUCCCAUCUUGACUGUGUGUGCAAUGAUAACUCUUUCCUUUUGGACUAGCUCCCCACGUGACCCAGGAGGCCCCUGUGCUGUUCCCUGGAUAAGGUCUGGGGCAGGUCAUCUUGAUUAGAAGCUGGCAGUGGCAGAGGCCAUGCUCAGAGGUUUGUGCCUUCACAGAUGGGUUCCUGAGUACUGUCGGGAGAAGUACUUGCCUGCUGGGCUGGUGUGUGUAACUGUUGAACUAGAUCUGCUUGAAACAGCCUUCACCAGGCCUCCAAGUCCUUGUCAGUUCAGAAGACCCUUCCUUCCUGGGCAAAAUGCCAGCUGGUAAAUUGCUGCUUCACCUUUCUCAGCCCUUGUGAUGAGCUGAGGGAAGGAGACCCCUUCCAGGCCCAUCCUCCCUCCACACACACUUCCUUUGCUCUGUGUACACCUGCAGAUCAGACUAUUCACCCCUCCUGGAUAAUAAUAAUCUCGAUUUCCCUGGUGCUGAUAACCCUGGACACAGUAGCAGAACCCGUCAGCCAGAGAGGAUGGAUGGCACACUGGGUCUGCACACCUGCCACCAUCUAAGGGAAAGGAAGUAUGUCCACUUCUCCUCAGACGAUAGCAUCUUUAGGGAAGAAUGGAGCUGUUCUGUGGGUCCUGAGUUACUCAGCUCUUCCUAGAGUACAGACCCUAAUCCUUUAUAAAAGACAUGGGGGAGGCAUUGUCAAAUGCUAACAAGUUAGUAAAGGAAUUAGAGAGUUUUGUGGGUGCAACUUGCUUGGGCUUGUUUCUGAGGCUCUGAAUAGGAGUUGAACAUCUUGUUUUUAGGGACCAUACAAUUUAGUGGCGAGUAGGGCUUAAUAAAAACUUCACAUACAUAGGUUCUUAUUUUCAGCAGUUAGAAGUUUAUUGUUGAAUCAGAGACUACUGCAGAAGGCCGAGAUGCUUCAGGGUCAUUAGUUCCCCACAUUAUGCCUGGUAUUCUUAAGACCCAUGCUGUCUGUGUGUUGUGAAUGGUAAGAGUGCUACUGGUCAGGGCUAGAGGAACCAGCAUUCUUCCGUCUCCACGGCUAGCUUCCAAUAAUACCACCUCAACUCCAUCAUGAGAAGCGUUUGCUGAGACCUUGAGAAAUGACCUUCAGGAAAAUGAGUCACCAGAAACUAACGAGAAGGGGAGGUACUGGCCCCACGGCUCCUGAUUCCCUCUCUGAGGCAGCGGCAGUAAUGCAGUGAGCGAGCUGCCCUGCACAGCUCCAGACACUGCACGCACCAAGCCGGCCCUCUAGACCGCACUUUGUUUCCUUGCAGUCGGAUUCCGUAAUGACUAUCAGUGGAGAAACCCCCUUUUGUGCUUGCGUGGUAAAAGUAAAUUUGAACAUUUUAUGGUGGUUGAUAGACUUUGUCCUAAACUUGCUAAUUCAGAUUCUUUCAGACCCUGAUGUUUAUACCAAAGGUUACACUGCAGGCGUAGGCGAUGCACAGGGAGGAAGUCCACGGUGGCCCUGUGUGCACAAGGGGACACAGUGCCCAGUGAGACCACGUGGGAUCGGUCAUGGGGCACACUACCGCUGGGGUCAAGUAUUUGUUCCUAAUGGUCACUGUAAUAGAUUUUCCGGUCUUUCUAAUUUAAUUCUCUCACUCUGUUGUCUGACUGUGAACUGCUAACAGUGUUAAACUUGAUGUAAAUAAAUGAUGCCCUUGGCGGGGACUGCUUCUUGUCGUAUCUCACAUGGUUUGCAAGUUGUGUUUUGUUUUAAAUAAAGGUUGAAAUAUUUUAUCGGCAAA